GGGGGAAAAUAAUGUCAGUUUGUUGAUAAAUAGAAAUUAAGCAGUGUCAAAGUUGUCAAAGCGAGCGUGGACUGGUCGAGAAGUUUAGCUACGAAUAUUGGAUUUAUCGGAAAUGGGGAAAACAUCCAAAGACAAGCGAGAUAUCUACUAUCGUUUGGCCAAAGAAGAAGGAUGGCGUGCUCGAAGUGCUUUUAAACUACUUCAAAUAGACGAGAAGUUCGGCAUCCUGAAAGGUGUAACACGCGCCGUUGAUCUGUGCGCAGCCCCAGGCAGUUGGAGUCAAGUUCUAUCCAAAAGACUUUAUGAAAACCGCAAGGAAGAUGUAAAAAUUAUCGCAGUCGACCUACAAGCUAUGGCUCCCCUUCCGGGCGUAGUACAACUCCAAGGCGACAUCACGAAACUCAGUACUGCAAAUGCAAUAAUUGAGCACUUCGGGGAAGAAAAGGCGCAACUUGUAGUAUGCGAUGGCGCUCCGGACGUAACAGGACUUCAUGAUAUCGACGAAUACAUUCAAUCCCAACUACUGCUCGCCGCUUUGAGCAUCACCACACAUGUCCUUACCCCAGGGGGAAAUUUCAUAGCGAAAAUUUUUAGGGGAAAGGACACAACUCUACUUUACUCUCAACUAAGGAUAUUUUUCGAGAAAGUCUCCAUCGCAAAACCAGCCAGUUCUCGAAACUCGAGUAUUGAAGCAUUUGUUGUUUGCCAGAACUACACUCCACCUGAGGGAUAUAUACCACAAAUGAUUAACCCGAUGAUUGACGACGUUCAGAUUAUUAUUGACGACACCGAUUCGGAAGUGAAUCAUGCAAUUAUUCCUUUUGUUGUGUGUGGCGACUUGAGGGGAUUCGACUCGGAUAUGUCGUACAGCUUGAAUCUUCCUGGGCAAAAGGAAUACACCUACCGAGAAGUUGUGCAGAAACCUAUUGCACCGGCAUACAAAGAAAUUCUUGAAAAGGUGAAAAGCUGCUCAAUCAAGCAUUCCGCUAUUACUGUUGAACACACGGAACAGACGAGUUCAGAUAAAUGAAAUGGUGGAAUAAAAAAAAAUCGGAACAGAAA